AUGAUGGCUGAAAAUAAUUCUAAAGAACCUCCUUUACAAACAAUGAACGGGUUGCCUCCGAACCAUAACCCAUGGAUGUAUGGUUUGUACAACCACCAAUACAACAGUUAUCAGGGUGGUAUGUACCACCCACCUUAUUAUAACCAAUACUUUCAUCAAAUGAGCCACAAUGGAGGAUUUUCUAAUAACACUACUCAUCAAUUUCAACCCAAGGACGGCAAGAAUGAAUUUGGUCACGUUCAAUUCUCAAAACCACCUCCUCCGACUCCUUUGUUGGGCAUGUCCCCAUUGGACACCAGUCGGCCUUUCUUUAACCAGCCUCCUAUCAGGUUUAAUCUUAAUGCUAAUAGAAAAUCUACUCCUAUUCCGCAAAACGAAAAUCCACUUUUGAUCAAUAGUAUUGCUAAAAAGAAACGAAAGAAGGGAAAUAAGUCAUUUGAAGAGGGUCAGAAUUCUAGUAUAUCUGAUUCUUUACCUCCAUUACCAGAUCACCCUCCACCAUUACCACCUUGUCCUCCCCCUCCUGACCUCCCUAAACCACCACCACCCCCUCUUGAUGUUCCUCUUCCUCCUCCUUUAGCAACAGAAGAUAUACCAGAACCAGAAGAACCUAUAUGCGACGAUAAAGCAAACGAAUCUGAUGUGGCUGUUAAUAAUGAAUCAUCAAAUAUUUUGAAAUCUUCAACAUUAAGUCAAUCAUCAGCUGGAACUUGGCCAGAGAGCUUAGAAAGAUAUAUUAAACGAUGUUAUGAGAAAUGUAAGACUGGUUUUGAUCGGGAUCAAAUUGAUAUAUGCUUAAAAGGUCGUAUUACAGCUGCAGCUAAUAAAGAUGAAAUAUGGACUAGAAAUUGGGAUGAAGAGCCUAUCCCUAGUGUUCACAGUGAACGAAAUAAUUUAUUGGUUAAGCCUGUGCGUGGUUCUUUGUCUUUAUAUCAGAAAUCAGAGAAUGAACAAACAAAAUCAAAACACAACUUGUCUUCACGGAGUUUUAGCAGUCACAGGAGUCCAUCACAAAGAAGAAGAAGACAGCAUUCUAGAAGCAAAUCCAGAAGUCCUUCUAGGAAAAGAUUGAGUUCAUCUUCAGCAUCAAGUGAUGAAAUGGAAGAGAAGAAGACAUUGAAGGGCAAGGGUCGUCAAAAAGUUAAAGACCGAUUAUCACUUGAUACAAAGAAACCAGAAAAGUUCAAGAAUUCUAAAAAGAAACAAGCUGCUAUGAACAACCAGUUUAUUGCUGAGGAUGUUCAAGGAAUAGCUGAAAAAUUACAAAAACGAGCUGAAAGAUUUGGAAAUUCAAGUAAUGUAGUACCCACCAUAGCCAGUUCCAUUCAACCAAGUAAGAGGGUGGAGCCAACUCAUAAGAAACUGAUUAUUCAGGACGCAGAAGGAGAAUAUGAACUAAAUAACAUGCAUAUAGUUGGAACAUGUUCAGAUAUAGAGAAAUCAUUCCUAAGAUUAACAAAAGCACCAGAGGCUUGUGAAGUGAGACCAGUGCCAGUGUUAAAAAAUUCUCUUAGGAAUGUCAAAGAAAGAUGGAUAGAUAGACAGGAUUAUAGAUAUGCAUGUGAUCAGUUAAAAUCAAUAAGACAAGAUUUGACAGUACAAGGCAUAAGAGAUAAUUUUACUGUGGAAGUGUAUGAGACCCAUGCUCGGAUUGCCCUGGAAAAGGGUGACCAUGAAGAGUUUAACCAGUGCCAAACUCAACUUAAGAUGCUUUAUGGCGAGCUACCUGCAAGCAGAACUAAUACACCAGAGUUCACUGCUUAUAGGAUAUUGUACUACAUUUUUACAAAAAACACAUUAGAUCUAACAACUAUAUUUCAGUUUCUUUCCAAGGAAGACAGAGAAAAUGAAUGUAUUAAACAUGCUUUACAAACCAGAUGUGCUUGGGCCACAGGCAACCUUCACAAGUUUUUCUUAUUGUAUAAAACUGCACCAUUAAUGGCUGGUUACCUGAUGGACUGGUUUGUGGAGAGGGAACGCAAAGUGUAUUUGAAAUACAUCAUAAAGUCCUACAGGCAGUCAGUACCUGUGGACUUCAUCGUUCGAGAGUUGGCGUUUGAAUCCAGCGCUAAGGCACUAGAGUUCUUAAAUCAUUUUCCUCUCACUUACAUUGGCAGCAAUCAGUCUCAAAUCGAUUGCAAAGCCAGCCUCCCAGCAAUUGCUAAUAUUUAACAUUUUCUGUUAGACAGCCGUCCUGUAUAUGUAGCAUGUUGUUGCGUGGUGAUGUAACAAGCUACCGCGGCCACAGGAUUCGACGCUUGACCCUUGUCGUUCCCAGACACAUAUUAUGCUCACCUUAUUUUGAUCAGCUUAACUAGGAUGAGGCGGCAAAACAACAAAACACAUUGCAACUUCAGAUAUUCAAUUGAAAAUUAGAGGCAGUAUUCGUCGGAAGGAAUCUACAUCAAUGUGAAGUGAUAACAGAGUUGGGAGUUUUAGUGUGAAUAUGAACAAUGAGCAGUGCAAGACUUACAAAAGACAAUUCAAUACAUGUUACUAAACGGAUUUAAAGUGUUGUUUUAGUUUUCGUCCUGCAAGAUUUAUGUAAAUAUGUAUCGUAAAUUUAAUUUUAUUUAUAUCAAUACAUGCAUGCAGAAUGUCACAUAAAUAUUAUUACAUUAUUUUAA